AAACACAGAAAAGCCAGGCAGUAAAUGUUUGUGAUGGGAAGAGAAUAAGGAAGAACAGGGAGGCCGAAUACUGAGGUGGACAACUUGAGAAGACAGUUAUCAUUAGUUACACCUGAGAAGGACACACAACCCUCUGACCAUCAAGGCUUCAGACCCACGUCUCUACAUUUUCUGCUGAGGACGUCUCCAUCUACUCUGCCAUCCAGACUGGAGUAUGUGCUGCCCUCCCUGUCACCCCUGCCGCUGAUGCAGGCUGUCAGCAUGAUCUCUCAGUACCCUCUGGCCACCCUGCUGCCCUGGCCCGGGGGCCCCCAGCACUGCUCCGACCUGGACUGCUCGCUACUGCUGGAAGGAGAGGGAGGCGUCGCCCUGCAGAGGUACCAGCCUCGAUCCCCAGAGAGCAGCCCGCACCACUGGAGCUCGGUGCAGGACUGGGGGGAGGAAGUCGAGGAAGGAGCCAUCUAUAAUGUGACACUGAAGAGGGUUCAGAUUCAGCAGGCAGCCAACAAGGGAGCGAGAUGGCUGGGGGCGGAGGGCGACCGCUUACCUCCAGGACACACUGUGAGCCAGCUGGAGACGUGCAAAAUCCGAAGUAUCCGAGCUGGAACUCUGGAGCGUCUGGUGGAGACCUUAUUGACAGCAUUCGGAGACAACGACCUCACCUACACCUCCAUCUUCCUCUCCACCUACAGAGCCUUCGCCAGCACACAGACUGUACUUCAACUGCUUCUAGACAAAUAUGGAAGCAUAGAAGAAAACCAGCAAGAGACGGUCAGAUGCCAGGGCUCUGAAUCCAAUGGAGCCAUCAGAAACGCCUUAGCUUCUAUCCUGCGUGCCUGGCUUGACCAGUGUCCUGAAGACUUCCAGGAGCCUCCAGACUACCCCUGUCUUCACAUGCUGAUGGAGUAUCUGCGCAAGGCUCUGCCAGGGUCAGAGGCCCUGAGACGGGCAGAGGGGCUGCUGGAGCAGCUGCAGGGUCAGGCCGGCAUGGACGACACUGAUGCUGGUUUCCAUGGCAACAGCUCUUUUUGCCUAGGAGAGGAAGAGGAAGUGGAAAUUGAGGUCCAGGAAGACUUCAUGUCGUUCCAGACUGAUCUGGUGGCCGAACAACUGACCUACAUGGAUGCGGUGCUGUUCAAAAAGGUAGUACCCCACCAUUGUCUGGGCUCGAUUUGGUCUCAGAGAGAUAAGAAGCACAACAAGCACAGUGCCCCCACCAUCCGGGCCACCAUAACUCAGUUCAAUGCUGUUGCGGCCUGCGUGGUCAACACAGUGCUGAAACACCGACAGAUCAGACCACACGUCAGAGCACGGAUCAUCCAGCGCUGGAUAGACAUCGCUCAGGAGUGUCGAAUACGGAAAAACUUCUCCUCUCUGCGGGCCAUUGUCUCAGCUCUACAGUCAAAUCCCCUGUACAGGCUGAAAAGAGUAUGGGCCUGCGUGCACAAAGACAGCAUGCAGACGUUUGAGGAGCUCUCCGACAUUUUCUCGGACCACAAUAACUACCUGACCAGCAGAGAGCUACUCAUGAGGGAAGGUACUUCAAAGUUUGCUAGUCUGGAGAGUUGUGCCAAGGAGCACCAGAAACGCACCCACAAGAGGCUACAGCUGCAGAAGGAAAUGGGAGCAAUGCAGGGAACGAUACCCUACUUGGGAACAUUUCUGACUGAUCUGACCAUGAUGGACACAGCCCUGCCAGAUCUAGUAGAGGGUGGUCUGAUCAACUUUGAGAAGAGACGCAGGGAGUUUGAGGUGAUAGCGCAGAUCAAGCUGCUCCAGUCGGCCUGUAACAGCUACUGCCUGACUGCACAUCCUGCUUUCCUGCACUGGUUCAAGAGCCAGCCGCAGCUCAGCGAGGAGGAAAGUUAUGCCUUGUCCUGUGAGAUUGAGGGUCUCGGCGACAGCAGUCCGACUACACCCAAAGCUCGAAAAAGCAUGGUGAAGAGACUCAGCCUGCUGUUUCUUGGAACUGACAGCACUUCGUCCAGUUCCCCAGUCAGAGAGACGCCACGCUCGCCUCCUACUGGCAGCUCAGGGGAGAGUAUGGACUCUGUCAGCGUGUCCUCCAGUGACUCCAGCACUCCAUCGGAUAGUGAAGGACUCGCCACUCCUACCCAUGCAUCUGACUCCCAGCAAAACAAGCUAUCAGAAUCAUCCUCUUGUACUUCACUCCACUCAAUGGACACCAGCUCAUCGACGACCAGUGUCACUAUGACUUCCACAUCCCCGGCCUUUCCCGGGCCCGCCUGCACCCACCGACGCUCCGUCUCCCUCACCCCUCUGUCUCCAAGCUCCUCCAUUCAAACCCCGGCGUACAACACCCAGGCCGAGGACGCAUGCAUCAUCCGGGUCAGCCUGGAGCACGGCAACGGAAAUCUGUACAAAAGCAUACUGUUGACCAAUCAAGAUAAGACGCCGGCUGUAAUUUCCAGAGCGAUGGCCAAGCACAACCUUGACGUCGAACCAGAGGAGGGAUACGAGCUAGUGCAAGUCAUUUCUGAUGAAAGAGAACUGGUGAUUCCAGACAACGCGAACGUCUUUUACGCGAUGAACACCUCAGCCAACUUUGACUUCCUGCUGCGCGUUCGGGGCUCGGCGGGUCGACCGGUGCAGCUGCGUAGCCGCUGCAGCUCCACACUCCCUCGCAGUCAGCACCGCUCAAGCCUCUCUCUGAGACUCAGCAAAGUCACACUGUGACCCCGGACUGCAGCGCCCUGGCAGUCUGCCCCUACACCACUAAUUCAGGGCAAUACUGAGAGUGAUGCUGGACGGGGAGAUAAAUUCUAAAGAGACUGUACAUCAUAAGUGAUGGAACAGCUGGACACCUGACACUUUGGCUCUUCUGUUAGCGAUGGAGACUUGAUCGUGGACUGUGCGAUCUCCUGCCCCACCAUGUGGAUGUGUAGUGUGACUGCUGUGCCAGUAGGACUCAUGAUGCCUGUGACAGAGUCGAAACAGCGACCCCAAGUGGCCUCUACUCUUUAUAACAACAGUUUUUUUUUUCAUAUUUUUAUUUGCACAUGUGGGAGCAGCCUUACUCCUGUCCUCCAACAGUAUUGUGAUGUUGAAUGAACUCCUUGUUUUGUUUGAUGCCUGUGUAGCUGAAGCUUUACAUUUCUCGUAACAGAAGAAUGAUGACUGCAGAAAAACAAAGUCGGAACAAAGAAAGACUUGAGUAUCUGCUCCUCUUGCCUUCGUUGAUAAGUGAAUGGACCUCUAACAGUAUUCUGAAUGACAUUGAUUAAUUGACAGGAGCUGUGAUGUUGUUGUUUUUUCCCCCUAGUCAGACGCCUUUAUUAGCCUAUGUCUGGCUUGUGCACAGUGUGCACAGAAUUUGUGCGCUUAAUCCCCCCCUCUCAUAUUGUGAGCUGUGUGACGAAUGUCAUGUUGUGUGCAUUCUGAUUGGUUCAAGCACUUGGUUUUAUCAAGUCCUCAGCGAUGAUUAAACAUGGCCUUACCUGCCCUGUCUUUAGGGCGUAGAGAUGCAAUUUUUUUGGUGCCUUUCAAUGCAGAAAAGUUGUUCCCUCACAAAAAAAAUGGAGGUGUGUGAGGUGUCUUCCUGAAGCGGAAAGAAUUAUGUCAAGUGUCUCAGAUCGAUGCAUAUUUGUACCUCUUUACCCUUCAUUAUAUGAACUAUGGAGUUGCACUUGUCAUUCGUAGGAGAUGCCAAUGGGAUGUGAAUAAUAGAAGAUUGAGUGUAUCGCUCUAUCAGUGGUUCAUUCCUUCUUUUAAUGAGUUAUUUUUUGUUUGUAAUUGUUGCUUCUUCUUUUUUUUUUUUAUAUUUUUAUAAUUCAGGCCAAAAGCAUAUGCCAGAUUGGAGAGUAUGUGAGGGAUUUAAACAUACGUAAUUGUUAAUGAAUUCACAUUCCACAAAAUAAAACCCAGUGCCAGAUUUUACUGCAAUGCACUUGCACGGACACUUCAUUUCAUUAAGCACAUGAACAUGAAACACCGCUUCACACCGGAAACUCCCGUGACACUCCUCCUUUCUAAAACAAUCACAGUUUGACAUUAACCAUCAAUGCUUUUAAUGCAACAUUCAGAGACUGGAGGUUUAUUUUAUUCUGUCUGUCCAGUGUCAUGAUUGUGCCAUUGCUUCAUAUGAAGUUAGUUAAUUCAGCAUUCCCCACAGAAGGUUCAUUGGAUUUAUCUUGAAGUCCCAGUUUGCUCAGAUUAAUUCCACUAUGCAGCGCUUCUUUAAAAAAAAAAAAAAAAAAUGCUCUCAUCCUCCGUUUCUGUUCUCCACUGCCAAAGAUUCCUGAACAAAUAAAUUA